AUGGAUCAUUAUGGUAUUUUAGGUCUUCCUAGAACUGCCUCCGAAAGAGAUAUCAAAUUAAAAUAUCGUAGAUUGGUACUCCUUUUACAUCCAGACAAGGCAGGAGUGCCGACUACCCAAACUCUUAGAGAAGAGGCUGAAAUUAGAUGGGCUGAUAUUCAAAUGGCUUAUGAUGUCCUUUCUGACAAGAAUUUAAAGAGAAAUUAUGACCAAGACAUAACUUGUGAAUUUAUUUGGAGUGGCGGAAAGGGUUACACCCACACUACUCAUAAUUAUCCCGAAAAAGGGUAUAUCCCCCCAGUUGUCGCUCCUCCACCAGAAACUGACCCAGAUAGGGAUUAUUGUUGCUCUAAUCGUUGUUUAGAAGACCUUUUAAUUCAAAAAGAAAUUAAUUUUACUAAUUCCAAGUGUGCUGACCAUUAUUAUGACAGUCUAAAGUUAGGAGUAGGGGGCUUAGGAUAUGGGGGCGGCACGGAUAUCCUACAAGCGGAUAGAGACACCGCCAUUACCGGAAUUGAAAAUGCUCUGAACCAAAAUCCACCAAUAACUAAUGCUGAAUUAGAAGUCGCUAACCAAGGCUGGCGAAAUGAAAUUCAAAAUGCUCCUAACGGAGAUACAAUUCAGGCAAUUAGAAAUCGCGUUCUUUUAGAUAUUACCCAAAAAAGAGAAGUCAAAAACACUAAUCUCACUACCCGCAAAAAUACCGCAAUUGACGAAAUUAAAACCAAAUUAUCAGAAAAACCAAAGAUUGAAAAUUCAGAACUUAACCCAGGCAAUCAAGACCAAAUUAAGCAUAAUGUUUUUGCCGAUAUUUCUCAGAAACGACAAAUUAAAAUCCCCUUAAUCAAACUCCGAGCGGCGGCCAUGGAAGGAGACAUUGUCAAAGCCCAGUCCGAAGGUGCUAUCAAUGAUAUCCGAGAAAGAGUGUUGGCCGAUAUUCGCAACAAAAGAGCAGACAAAAAAGAUAAAGCCCGUCUUGAUAAAUUAUUUUCCACCAAUGCUUAUCAAUCCCAACUUGCGGAAAUCAAAACUAUCGAAAAUAGGUUGCGGGAGUUAAAUCCUACAAAAUAUCGAGAAAGAACCAAGCAAUUACUUAACCAACACAUAAAGAAUAACAAAUUGAGUGAGGAAGAACUUGACGAGGAGGCUCUAAGGGCAAUAGCGGAGGUCGAACAAGACCCCUCUUCUGAAAAGGUUAAUGUGGCCGAAGAGAAAAUUGCGGUAUGUGGGGCUCGGAAAGAAUUGAAAGGUAUUUUGAAUAAAGUUGAUAAAAUUCAAAACAAACAAGAAAAAGGAGCCUUAGUUAAUGAGUUAUUGGGAUUUACUAAUAGGAACAAAUUUACUGAAAUUGCUUAUCACGAAAAAAAAUCUCUCAUUGACAAUUUAAUUUCCGAACUAACGAGAGGAGAAGUUCCUAAUCAUCACCAAAAUCCGGAAUUUCCUUGGCUAAAAGUGAUAGGAAUAACUGCUUUAAUUACUCUCCCAAUUAUUCUAAUUGGGUUUUUUAUCUUGAAAUUUUCAUCAAGGCGAAAAAAAAUAAAGCGAUAG